AUGACAGUCGCAACAUUCAACCCGCAAUUGCGACUCCUUAAUGCUCUCCGAGCAAAUGCAAAGCCCAUAAUGACAUUCCUGGGCCUUCCCUCUUUCCGCACAGCUCAGAUAGUAGCCCAGACCGGCCUUGACGGCAUUAUCAUCGACUGCGAGCACGGCCACAUAAGCGAUGACUCAAUGCACAGCGCAACAGCAGCUAUAGCUUCAUUAGGAGUAUCGCCGCUUGUCCGUCUGCGAAUGACUCACUCGGACUUAAUUAAACGGGCCCUGGAUGCCGGCGCACACGGAAUUGUGGUCCCGCAAAUCAACACCGCCGAAGAAGCCCAAACAGUGGUCUCUUACUCCAAGUUUCCCCCACAAGGGCUUCGCGGACAAGGAUCGGCCUUCCCGGCGUUUACGCACAGUAUUGAUCUCCCGACGUAUAUCAAGACAGCGAAUGAGACCUUGAUUACGUGUAUUCAGAUCGAAACUAAACAGGGAGUUGAGAAUGUUGAGGAGAUUUGUGCGGUACCUGGUGUUGAUAUGAUUUUCAUUGGUCCAAACGACCUAGCACUGUCACUAUUGGGCUAUGUGCCCGCGAGAGGUGACGAGCCUGAGUUUGUGCAAGCUAUUGAGAAGAUUGUAGCUGGGGCUCGGAAACAUGGGAAGUGGGUUGGUGGCGCGGUCGUGAUGCGUUUGGAGUCUUUGGAAGAUUUGAAAUAUUGGGUGUAG